GGAAAAAAAACCUCUUAUCCCCUGUAUCUGGUUCGCGCCACUCUCCGCCAGGGGACUGUUCUCUCUCACCAAAAAUGAUACCGAGGCAAUUGCGAACAGUCUUCACCGGCGCCGCCGUUAUCCUCGGCGGAAUUUGCACUCUCAACUUCGCUUCUUUUCUCACCAUCCAAACGCUUCGUCUCACCGCUGAAGCCAAACGAAGAAAAAUUGCUUUGCCCUGUAAGGCUUGUAGAGGCAAAGGGUUCUAUAUUUGCAAAUUAUGCCGAGGAAAUGCUGUCAUCCACUGGUCGCCAUUGUCCGAUCCUAUUGCCAUGAACCCCUGUGUGUGCCCGACUUGUGAGGGAAACAGGGUACAACGUUGCCUAAACUGCCUGGGUAAAGGAUAUGAAGUAUGAUUCACCUAUGCAUUGACUACAAGUGAAACACUGCCUUUAAGUUUCUUAUCAAGUAAGUAAAUUAUCCUUCAUUAUAUUGGGUUCUUGUUCAGACUUUUUAGUUGAUAAUUGUAAACUAAUGGAUGAUCUAGCCUAGCUCUUUGCAUAGUUGUAUACAGAUAAUAUUUUUGGCGAGAGCAGUAUCGAUCAUUUAUGCUUUUAAU